GAGACGGCGCCGGGAAUUAAAAAAAAAAAAAAAAAAACUAGUAGCAGAGCGUAUAUCUGCCGUCUUCUGUCCAUCCCUAUUCUAUGCGCAGGAGCUGUACCUUCAAUGGCAUCUGCGCUGGAUAUUGAGUGACCAGCGCCGGAAAUUGGUUGCCGGGUUGGUUUAGGCAGCCGUCGGACAUUCUGUGCUUGCGCUGUGUCUCUACCGGCAGGAAAACAACAACUUGUUUCUUGUAUGUGUGAGGUUCAAUAGAAUAAACCGUUGAACUGAGCUCCAGCGUUUUUUUUCUUCACGUACCAAAUUACCCUCUCUCGUCACACCUCACAACUCACAAACUUACUUUCAUGGCAAAUUUCAUGUCCAUGAUACCCAGAACUGGCAUGAAAGGCGCCGUUUUGGGCGUGAAUAGAGCCCUAGAAGCUUCCCUCAUCGAUUUGGCUGCGACAUUCAAGUUUCUGUUUGGAGGAGAUGCGUACAAGGGAGCCAAACCAGUCAAUCCAUCCAAGACCGACGGGUCUACAUGCGUCCCAAAGCCCUGCAGUUUUAUUGAUUCUAGGAUAAUCAGAAGGGGAGAACUCAUUCGCAGUAACAAGGACUUAAUCCAUCUGUUUCAUCAUCAUUUUGGGUUGGGUCAGUCAACUCAAUUCCGAGCAGUCACAAUUCAAACUAUGAACUAUAGUCGCAGUUCAAUGCUGGAAGCUCAGAUGUCUAAUAAAAAUGUUGCUGAAGCUGCGGACAAUCAAGGUAUUAGUCAAUGUUCAGAAAAUAAUGCUAGCAUGGGAAAGCAUCAAAUUGGAGAGAAUGUUUCGAGAAAGGACAAGAUAAAUUUUCUAGUGAGGACGCUUCUCGAUCUAGACGAUAGCAAAGAAGCUGUUUAUAGUGCUCUUGAUGCGUGGGUGGCUUGGGAGCAGAACUUUCCUAUUGCAUCACUUAAGAGAGUAUUGCAAAUCCUUGAGAAAGAGCAACAAUGGCAUAGAGUUGUUCAGGUAAUUAAAUGGAUGCUAAGCAAGGGACAAGGAGCCACAUGGGGACUUAUGCUCAACUAA